GUUGCUUCAGUCCAGAGCUGCCAGGAUGUGUGGCAGGUUCCUGCUUCGGCUGGCAGCUGAGGAGAGUCGCUGCGCCACCCCCGUGGGGCGCCUCCUGCUUCCCGUGCUGCUGAGCUUCCGCCUGGCACUGCUGGCCGCCAGCGGGACUGGGGUCUAUGGUGAUGAGCAGAGUGAAUUCGUGUGUCACACCCAACAGCCGGGUUGCAAGGCCGCCUGCUACGACGCCUUCCACCCUCUCUCCCCGCUGCGCUUCUGGGCCUUCCAUGUCCUCUUGGUGGCUGUGCCCAGUGCCCUCUACAUAGGUUUCGCUCUGUACCACGUGAUCUGGCGUUGGGAAGAACCUGAAAAGGCGAAGAAGGGGGAGACCCUGGUCCUGGAAGGGGAGGGCAUCAGGGAGCCCUCAGAGGCUGGAAGCCCAAGGCUGCUCUGGGCCUACAUGGCCCAGCUGGGGGUGCGACUGGUCCUUGAGGGCACAGCCCUGGCGGGGCAGUACCACCUCUUCGGGUUCAAGGUGCCCAGCUCCGUUGCAUGCCGUCGAGAGCCUUGCCUGGGGAGCAUAACCUGCAAUCUGUCCCGCCCCAUGGAGAAGAGCAUCUUCCUGAAGACCAUGUUCGCGAGCGCACCAGAAGACACAAGGAGGGAAGGGGCAGCGUCCCAGUGGUGGAGCAGUUCCCAGAAGCAGAGUUGUGAAGACACCUGGCUCAACUCUGAAGAAACCCUAUGAUUGGAUCUUCUUCCCAAAGUGCACCAGAAGGACAGGACCCAGAGCCCAGCCAAGUGACCAAGACAGCAAGCAAGAGAAAAAAGCAAGAGGAAAAAGAGACCAAGAGAAAAAAGCAAAUGUCAUUUUGAAUUCUUUCUUGAUAGUGUCCAUUUUCAAACAACUUUACUGAGAAAUAGCUCACAUGCCAUGUAAGUCACUCAUUUUGAGUACAAAAGUCAGUAACUAUUCGUAUAUACAGAGAAUUGUGCAUCUAUUCACACAAUUUUAAAACAUUUCUAUCAACUCAAAAAGAAAUCCUUAGCUACUACUCUCAAAUUCCCAUAUCCUUACAUUUAGGUAUUUGUAAGCAACCACUCAUCUAUUUUCUGCCUCGAUAGAUUUUCCUAUUUUGGGUUUUUCAUACACAUGGAGUCAUACAAUGCAAGGUCUUUCGUGACUGGCUUUUUUCACUUAGCACAGUUUUGAGGUUCAUCUGUGCUGUCUUAGUCCUUCACUCCUUAAUAUGGUUGAAUAUUAUUUCAUUGGAUGGCGAGACCACAUUUUGUUUAUCUGCUUCUCGGUUGAUGCAUACUUGGCUUGUUUCCACGUUGGGGCUAUUAUGAAUAAUGGUGCUAUGGCCAUUCAUAUACUAAUUUUUGUGUUCUCUUGGAUAAACAUCUAGGAUUCGAAUGGCUGGAACAUACGGUAACUCUUUAACUUUUUGAGGAAUUGCCAAACCAUUUUCCACAGCAGCAAGGUAUAAAUGGGUUCAAUACUUGGCAUUUGGGGUUUUUGUUUGCUUUGAUUUUUUAACUGUAGCCAUAGUAGUGGCUGUGAAAUGGCAUCUCAUUAUGGUUUUGAUUUGCACUUCCCUAAUGACCUAAUGAUGUUCAUUAUCUUUCCAUCUUUUUACCGCACAUCUGCAUGACUUCUUUGAAGUAAUAUCUCUUCAAAUCCUUUGCUCAUUUUAAGAUCAGAUUGAUUGGGCCUCCCCUGGUGAUGCUGGUGGUUGAGUGCAGCGCUGCAAAGCUGUCCAAAGCCUUGGCAACGCUGGUUUGAUCCCGGCCGGCCAGGGAGGGUCCCAUAUGGCACGGCAGACCUCUCCUGUCUCGUCUGCUGCUCCCCUCAGCAGUGUAUUUUGUUAGUCUGCCUGUUCUGUUCCCCACUCUGUCUCUGGUGAAUCCUCUCACUCUCCCGAGCAUCUGGCCUGUACCCCAGUUCUUGUAUAAAUAAAUAAAUCUUAAAAAAAAGAUCAGAUUGAUUGUAUUUUUG